AUGUCUUCACCCUCUGAUUCCUUAACUGAUAUUGACGAAUCUGCCUUGAAUAAGAAGAGAGGCAGAGCACAAUCUGUCGAACCCGCCUCUCAACAAGAGGUAGAGGACGAGCUUAAUCCUACUGAAGAAGCUUCUACAAUCGUCUCUGCACCUAAAAAGACUAAACGUGACGAUGAAGAUAGCCCAGCUACAGUCAAUACUAUUCGUAAAAACAUGAAGGACAUGUCAACUACUGAUAAGAGUUUGACAGAAAGCAGUGACGAUGAAGCCAUGGGCACCAUUGCUGAAGAGGAAGAAAAGACUGCUAAUUCGCUUGCUAAAUUCGGAGGAGGUAAAGAUGAUGAGGACGAUUGGGGAGAGUUUGCUGAAGAGGAAGAAGAAGAAAAACCUGCUAAAGCUGAAGAAACCGAUAAGCCUAAAUACACCUUUGGAGCUUCUUCUGGUUUCGGAACUAAAGGUUGGGGUGCUUCACAUCAAACUAUACCCACUCCAUCCAAGCAACCUACAUUCGGUGGAUUUGGAAGUAGCUCAGGAUUUGGUGGAUUCAAGUCCUCAUCAACAACUACAAAUGAUACAACCAAAAUGGAUAACACCAGUACUAGCACUAUCACUAACACCACCACCAGCACGUCUGUACCUUCUUUUGGCUCAUUUGCAAAGGCAACUACAUCCCCUUUUGCAACAGCAGCAACGGGAAAUGCGUUAGCUUUACCACAUUCACCUGCCACGUCUUCCGCUAGCACAGAUUUAGAGAACAACAGCACCAACGGCGGCAGUAACAACAAUAAUAAGGAUAGCGAGUUGAACGAAAGUGACAACGAAAGUAAUACUGAUACACCUACUGCUUUUGGAGAAAGUGCUAGGGUUAAAGUACCUGGAAUUAAACAACAGACUGAGGUCACGACCGGAGAGGAAAAUGAAAAGACGAUUUACCAGACCAAGGCUAAAUUGUUGGUUUUGGAUGCAGUUUCUGGUAGUUGGAAGGAGCGUGGUGCUGGUACAGUUCGUAUUAAUCAAAAGGAAGAGGAUGAGAAAUUACAAACACGUCUUGUUAUGAGAACAGAUUCAGUUUACCGAGUAAUUUUAAAUUUAUUACUUUUUGAGGGCAUGAAAGUAUUUAUUAUGCAAGAUAAAUUUGUUCGAUUUGCAGGAUUCGAAAAACAAGAUGACACUCUUAUUCAUAUCACCAUGGAAAAGGCAAGAAAAGGCUUGAAACCUGUCAAACUUCCCCAACAAUUAUUCAAGUCUUGGGAGACUAUUAUUGAUAAAUAUGUUGCCUCUUCAAACAACGUAAAGUUAAUUCCAGCUGUCAUGGCCCUUCAAAAGCUCAUUGCUUGUCAAGAAGCUACUUAUGACCAACAAGCCCGUUGUAUCAAGGAAGCUGUCAAGGCUAUGCAAAAGAACGUUAGUGCUAUUGAAAAAUUACAGCCCGAGGAAUUACAACAAAUUAAAGCGCUUGUCGAACCAAUUGCCUCACUAGGUUAUUUUGCAGCCUGUGAAAACCUUUCUCGACGUACGUUUGUUCCUUUGAUUGAAGCAGCCAUUCAAUGUACAGGAAAAGAUGAUAUCCAGUUUACAGACUAUUAUAUGCAAUACACCUCGACUGAAUCCACCGAACAAAGUUUUGAGGGCAAACCUCUUUCACAAAGAGCAUUGACGAUUUAUGCGACCUUGAGCUUCCCUUUAGGCCGUAGUUUAAUUAUCGACACUUACCAACAUACACUCCAAUUCCUCGUGCAAGGUCUUUUGACUGCUCAAUAUCAAUUAAAAAACGAUCGCGCUCACGUCGAUCAAUUCAUGAACGAUAUUCAAUUCACAGUCAAGACAGUUCUUGUUUUAUUAUCUAGACAGUUGGAAGUGGGUCCACGCAUGUUUGAAAAAGUCGAGUCGAAUACAAAAGAUACAGAUGUUGCCUUAUUAGGCCAACUCAUAAAGACUUUAUUAGACAUUUGUGUGGAUACAACGACUUUUAUUAGAGAAUGUAAUCAAGUGGCUGGUAUGGCUAUUGGGGCCUUCAUCAAUUUGGCAAACAAUGAAGAGUUUGCCCGUGAUUGGGUACUCGGCUGGUUUUUUAGUACCACUACCAAUACCACCACACAACAUAUUGAAGCUACAUUGGGUGUAACUCCUUCUCAAAAAUUGGUAGGUGAAGAAGGUUGGAAUAGUCGUGAUGCUCCCAUGGUUUUUGCCUUGAGAGGUUUGGUUUCCAGUUUAAGAAAGGAAAUCGUUAUUUUAGACUGUCCCACUGAUUUGGUUUUAGUACCUGCCAUCAAAGAUACACCUUCAAAGAAUCUCCAAGAAAUCAUUUUUACCAGCGUCGAUUUAUUCUGUGGAAGGGCUGAAUUAGAUUCUUCUUGUAAAGUGAUUGCAUUUGAAUCUAUGGCAACAUGGCUUCAACAAACCAAAGAAAUUAUGGAAAAGCAUCCUGAACUUAUGAACUCAUUAUCUGGACCCAUUACACCACAUAACAUGAAUGUCUUGAUCCAAUAUGUAUGGGAUCAUUGGGAUGAUCCUAUCGAUUCUAUCCAGCACAAGGUUCGAUCCAUCUUUGAACUUUCUUUAUCCACCUUGCAGAUUAAAAUCAACGCCGAAGAAUAUACACACUUUGUGCGCACCUUGUUAAAGAAUUUAUUGGCUAUGGAUUGGCACAGAAAGGUGAAAUAUUCACUUUUAAACAUGUUGGUCGAAAAGAUUGAUACAGACGCAUUUUUAUCUAUCGAGCCUCACUUGAUUGAUAAAUGUUUCUUGGCUAUGGACAGUCUAGUCUUGUGUCCUCAAAUCACCUAUUUUUGUUUAGCUUUCUUGUACCGUCGCGUACAAGACACCAUCCCUGGUUGUCAAAAGUUCAAGGGCCAUAACGAAAAGAUCAAGCAAAGUGACGAUGUGCUUGUCAAAAAGGCCACGACAGAGUGGGUUGAAUUAUGGGUCGCUCCUAUGCUUCAGUGCUUGACCUCUUCCUCUGAAUUAUUACGUAAAAAUGUCAGUGGAUUCUUGUUGCAACCCUUGUUCAAAAUCGGCCCUCAGGCCUUUUGGUACAUCAUUCAUAUUUUACAAGAUAUGCAACAUCCUUUAUGGAAAACAUUAGACGUCAAACUUAGACUGAAUGCUUUUAUUGCUGUUUUAAAAUCGGGUCGCGGUUUGGAUAUUGUGGACGGUACAGCUUAUACAGGAGGAGAUGCGAUGGAAAAAGGAAAAAUCUCGGUUGAUACUUUGAAAUUGGCUAUUUAUCAUAGUGAUGCACAGGUCCGUAUGGAUGUCCUUGGUUUACUCUGUGAAUCCCGUAAAGCAACUGCUCAAGUCACACCUACCGAAUUAGAAAUGUUGAGACUCUUUAUUCCUCUCAACAUGAACUCGACUGCCCCUGAAUUUCGUCAACAAAUGUGUGCCCAUCUUGCUAAAAUCUUGACUCGACUCAGAGGCAACCUUUACUCGCAAUAUAGAAACUAUAAAUCGCUUGUGUUGUAUGCUGAAAAGGCGGAAGGAGACAAAAAGGAAACUGCAUUGACUGAAGCUGCAGAUAUUUUAGUCGUUAUUGAUCAAGCCAAGGAGUUUUUGUUUUGGCUUUGUGAUCAUACUGCUGAAUCUCUUUACCCUGGUGCUUCUUAUCAACGUGUGGCUACCGCCUUACGCAUUUUAAGUAUCACUGUCAAGAUCUUUGGUGUGACCGAAUUACCUCCUAUUGAAGGCUUCACAGAUCAACAACCUGAUUUCCCCUUCAAGAUGCCUAUUGCCAACCCUCGUCUUUCCAAAUUAUUAAUUGACGUGUUCUUGAACCCCUAUGAUUUCAACCGUGUACAAGCGUUUGAAAUUUUGUGCCAAUUCCCUAGUCCUCUUCCCGGUAUUGAGUCCAAGUCAGAUGUACAGGACUUGCUUUGGUGGGGUUUGAACAAUGUGGUAAGUACUCGUGCUGGUGAAAGUGAUAGUGGUGCCAUGGUCUUCCGUUUGAUCUUUACCAAAUAUGUGGUUGGACUUGGAUUUGAUCUCAGUCCUGAACAAAAUGUCACUGUUCAUGCUAAUGCGACAAAUGGGGAUGCUGCUGUUGUGUUCACAGAGAGAUUAUUGGAUUUGCUUGAGAAACAAGUCAAUGUUGCUAAAUCUAAUAUCUUAUUAGCUGCUCAACAACAUCCUAUGCAUGGUACUUUGUUGGCACUUCAAUAUGUCUUUCAAGAAUUGGAUUAUACCAGUGCCAAUGUCAAGAAUAAUUUUGCGGCUUGGAGAAAGACACAUGCUCGUGCCAUCCAAUUGAUUCAUGUUACAUGUGAUACUGUCAUGCCUGUUUUAUCAGACCCUUCCCCUGAAGGUCAAGUACCCACUAGUUUCCGUGAAGGAGAUGAUGAUGAAGAAGAAGAAGAGGAUGAUGAGGAAGAUGAUGAAGAUUCUGGACCUAAACAUCAAGUAAUUCUGAGUUGUUGUUGGCGUGCAGUUAAAGAAGCCAGUUCUUUAUUACAAGUGAUUGUAUCUAAGGCACCUGCUUCUCCCAAAGAAUCCAAUACCACCAUCCUCACUCACGAAGAUCUUGUCAAGAGUGGAUCUCUUUUCCGCCAUCUUUUAACAAACAUCAGACAUCGUGGUGCGUUCUCUGCUGUCUAUCCUGCUUAUGUAUCUCUUAGUACACGUUUGUUGACUUCGCGUGAUGCUUCCAUAUCUCAAAUCCCCGCUCAAUGGCUACAAGAAAACUUGGAUAGUUUAACAUCCAGCAAUAUCUCCAUUACGCGUCGUAGUGCUGGCCUCCCUCUUUGUAUUCUUGCUAUUGUCAGUAGUGAACCUUCUGUCAAGAAGGAUCUUUUGAGUAAAGCCAUGAAGUAUCUUAUGAAACUUGCCAGCGAAGAGCCUCCUGUAGAUGCUGAUCAAAGAAUUGAUCUGCCCCAAGUCCAUGCGUAUAAUAUUUUGCGUACUAUCUUUAUGGAUUCUAAAUUGGGUACACAUGUUUUGGAAUAUGCGUCUGGUGGUUUCUCUUUAGCUAUCAAUGGAUUUUCCUCAUUCAGUUGGGCUAUUCGUAAUUGUUCCGUUAUGUUGUUCUCUACCUUGUUACAAAGAACUUUUGGUACAAAGAAAACUAGAGAUGAGCAUAGUCACGUCAACACUUUAACCGGUCGAGAGUUCUUUGUUCGUUUCCCUGAUCUUCAUCCUUACCUUUUGAAGGAAUUGGCCGUAGCGGUUGAACAGCUAUUAAAGAAUUCGUUAGCAGCUAGUGUUCAUCCUGGACUUUAUCCUAUUUUGACACUCUUAUCUCGUAUGCAACCUUCUACCGAAGAUGUCAAUGAUGAAGAGACCGUCUUGACACCCUUUAUCCCUCUCGUCAUGCCCUGUGCUGCUAGUGCUAUUUACAAAACCCGUGAAAUGGCGGCCAGAGCGCUUGUGCCUUUGGUUUUGGAUGUCGUACCUACUAUCAAGUACUUGUUGAACAUCUCAAAUACCAUCACACAAAACGAGAUUCAUGGCCGUUUCCUUCAAGUGCAGUUCUUGUUGCGUGGACAUUUUUACGCUAGUUCGGAUGCCGUUGCUUCAUAUCAUCAAUUUAUCAAUGAUAUGCCUGAGAUGAUGAUGGGCGCAUUGGCAUUGUUGCGUGAACAAAGAUUCUGUAACAUGAAUGGAGCUUUACUUUUGAGCAUUAUUAGUGAGUUCUUUUUUGAUACCAAGUGGAUGACCACGGGAGGAAAGAGUAAAGAGCUGACAGAAGAAUUGAUUCAACUUUCAAAUGAAAAGUUUGAGACACUUCGCAGCACAGCCAAGGACUAUUGCGUUGAAUCUGUUAAGAAAGACCAAGUAUCUGGUAUUGGAUCUUAUUUACUCCGUGAAAAUAUGGCUAAUAUUACAGUAAUGGGUACUUUAAACAAACCUGAUGCCAAGCUGGAUAGUAUCUUAUUUUUGUUGGAGGAUCGUGAUUAUGAAGUGCGUUUGUUGGUGCUUCAAAAGCUCUUGAAUUAUUUCACUGAUUCUACGCAUGCUACAGACGAUGCAUGCGCUUCCCGUUACACGCGUUUACAAUGUAUCCUGGUGCAAAGAACAUUCUCCGGUGAGGAUAGCUUAAAUUGUUAUGUUUUGACUGCCAAGCUUUUAAUGGCGCUCAGUUCUUCCAAUCCUUAUCCUGCCGACUCGGAUAUGCCCUUUACAUUGGAGCAAUAUUGGGACAAACUUGUGGUCCAGUUUGCCGAAAAGAGAGCCUUAUCUGUUACUGAAUCCGUGCUUCCUUUGUUGGGUGCAUUGCUUGCCCAGAUUCUUCGACAUCCUGUUCAUAUUGACUGGGUUCAACAAUGUCUGGUCACUUGGAGUGGAUAUAUUGAAAAGUACAGUCAAAAGGAUAUUACAUUGCCUUUACGUGAGGCUGUUGUGAAGUCCCUUCAGUUCACAUCUACACAGGUCUUUGCUAGUACGUUUGAUGAAAACAAUAAGGAAGAUGCACGUGUAACAGCUGGUCUAGCCAUGGCACAGCUCUUGCAAGAUGACGAUGUGGAUGUACGUGAUGAUACCGCUUGUAUUGUGUCCGAAGCACUUCAAUUACAAGCCCCUGUGCACCAUGAACGUGCAUUGGAGCUGGUGCACAAAUUUUUAACAGGUCGCUUUGAUCAGUCAAAAUUAUUAGAAUCAACACUUGCCCAUACCCUUGCUGGACCUGAAUCCUUGCGUAAGUAA